UUCCUUUUCUUUAGCCAUGAGAGUUGCCACACUGUUAGUGGAGAUCAUGCUUAACUCUAGCUCAUGUAAAGACUAUUUAAAUGCCUUCGUUCAUUUUCAGUUUAAUUAAUGAGAGACACUUUGCAUCAUUUCUUUUCUUUCCUUAGUUAAAGUUAACAUUUGGUAUCAGAGCUUUAAGGAUUCUUUCCUUGGGCCGUGUUGAGUGUUUACGAGGGAGUGAAACACUAUUCUUGGAGGGAACUAUCACCAUGCAGAACAACAAUGGGAGUGGAAGUUCUCUCAAUCAACUGCCUAUCUUCAAAGGAGUGAAUUUUCAUUUUUGGAGUCUAAAAAUGAAAACUCUUUUCAAAUCACAAGAACUUUGGAGCUGUGUAGAGAAUGACUUUGAAGAUGAUGGCACUGAAGAACCGGAUCAAAACUUAAGGGAGAAAAGAAAGAAGGAUGCAAAGGCCUUGUAUAUCAUCCGACAAUCCUUGGAUGAUGCAGUGUUUCCACGCAUUGCAGCAACUUCUACAGCAAAAGAGGCAUGGAAAAAUUACUUAAUCAAGAGUAUGUAGGAGAUAAGAAGGUAGUAGCUAUUCGUCUGCAGUCCUUGAGAAGAGAGUUUGAGAACCUGCAGAUGAAACAAAAGGAAUCAGUUCCAGAUUACAUCUCAAGGGUGACUGGUUUAGUUCAAGAGAUGAGUACUCUUGGUGAGCAGCUCACAUCUAAACAAAUUGUUGGGAAAACUCGUAGAAGUCUUACCAAGAAAUAUGAGCAUGUUGUUGCAGCAAUUGAAGAGUCAUAAGACCUUGAAACUUACACAUUUGAGGAGCUGAAAGGCUCUCUUCAAGCUCAUGGAGAAAGGUUGAGCAAAGAUGAGGAUCAGAAGGAUGAAAAGACAUUCCAAGUGAAAGAUGAACCCUCUAAUUAUCACAAAUCUCCAUCAAAUGCAGGCAGAGGCAGAGGUAGAGGUGGUUCAAGGGGCAGAGGGCAUGGGAGAGGUCCACACAAUGAGGGAAGAGAUCAAACCUCUCAACCUCAAAAGAGUCCUCUCAAAUGUUAUUUGACGAGCACUUUGUCACGGUGCGUCAAAAUAAUUUCAAUACUAAACACUUAUACAUAGUAUAGCGUAGUAGAGUUCGUAUCCACAGGGAAAGGAACGAUUUUCUUUCUAUGAAACUAGUAAUGAAAAGGGGG